CCAGGCGGAACCAAAAUAAGGGGAUCUUCGUGCAGAAUAACUGGACUGUUGGUUUUCGCGGAGCGGGACGAAUUAAGAGGGAAGACACCAACAACCGUAAGGUCCUACAGGGAGUGAGAAUGGUCUCUACCGUCACGAACAGCGACGUGAAGCAGAAAGAUGUGGACCAGGCGGUGGUUGUUGCCGUGACCUUUGCUGCAGUUUUUGGACCAGAAGCUGAAGAUGGCAGCACAGUUUACAGGCUGGGCGUGGCUCUUCCAUUGCUGCAGGUUCUGCAGAGAGUGAAUGAGCGUCUGCUGGAGAAAAAUCCGGCUGAACAUCAGCUGUUUGAUGUCAUCUUGAUCACUACGGACAGCUGGCAGCAGCAGCAGAAUUCCAGCAUCAUUAACAGCACCAGACAUCACAGUCUGGAAAUCAGCAGGUUCUGCUUUUCAACAGAGGACAACUACAUCGAGAGUCUCGUGCAAAAUAAUGUUCAGCUUUUCUUUACGACAGAUGGAAACGAAGCCUUGCAGGCAACACACCAGGGUGUUCCCUCCGCACUGCUGGAUAAGAACUCGGUUUCCUGUCCAUCAGAACAGCUCAGAGUUUUAUUCUGCGAGAAGGCCAUCAUCCAACCCAACAUGGGUUCAACAGAAGCAAGCAAAAAAUAUGCUCAGAACCUUUUAGCUCAUUUAGGCCAGAUGAGGCAGAAGUUCGGUGUGUUUGACAGCCCUCUUUGCUUCACUCUUGUAACAUCACAUGGUGGCAAAGACAGCUGCUGCUGUGCCCUAAAAUCACUUCGGUCCCUGGGCGUCAGCGUGGACGAAGCGUACUGCCUGGGUGGGGCCCCGCGUGGCCCCAUCCUGUCGCUGCUCCGACCUCACUUUCUGCUCAGCGAUGGAUUCAGCCUGCUGGAGGGCUGAUUGUCUCUUCGCCUGGAUGUCACAGAAACUUCGAGAGCAUUUUGUGGAUAUCACUUAACUCAGCAUUAGACAGUCGGUGAAGUCCGUAAAGGUAUACAAAUGCAAAGGAGGUUCAACAAGGCUGAACUGUGUUGCUUGAUAAAACCUAAACCUCCAUUCUGGGUAAAAGAUGACUGUGAUGCUACUCUGAUUGGUCGCUUUUGAUUUUGUGUAUUUAUUUUCAGGCAGGAGGUGGAGAAGCUCAAUCUUUUCACAUAUCUGUGCAUUAUCAUACUAUCACUACAUGGUGACAGUUUUAACAAAUAUUUAAAAAGAUGUAAAAAAAAAAAAGCUGGUUCUGGGUUCUUUAAUAAAAAUAGAUUUAUUUAUGAAUCUCUUACAAAUCAAAAGUUUACAGAUUGAUUGCAAUCUAUUAAAGCAAGAAUGGAAAUCCCAGACUAUGUUAUAGCGCUGAGAACGUCUGAUGGAUUAACUGAACAUGUGGGUUGGCCUAUGCACUUUCUCCUUUGGCCAUAAUGACAAUUCUUGCGUUUGGAAGAAAAAGGGGGAAGACCAUCCCAGCUGGGAAGUAUGGGCGUGUUGCAGUAUUAUGAUGUUGGUCUGUUUUGCGGCAUUAACAACUGGUGAACUUCAUAAAAUAGAAGAUUAUGUGUAAAUAUAAUAGCAAUAUAUAUAAAGACUGAUGUCAAGCCUGUAGAGAAUUUGUGGGAAGAUCUGAAAUGGUGUGUGUGAGUGGGGUAGCCUGAUUGGUUCCAGCAGUUCUUUCUGUAGAAAUUAUUCAUUAUUUCAUCAACCUGUAGUGAGAAGGUGGAGGAAGAAAACCUAAAAGGUCAUACAGUUCAAUUUCAAUACUACCAAACACACAACGAGCAAAUGUAUGUAAACUUAUGACUUUGAAGAUACUAAUAAAUAAAUCUAACAUA